AUGCAGGUAAAUAUUUUCAUCUAUUUUACAUGUUUACAAAUAAAUAAAUAAUUUUUUCAAAAAAGUGUUACAUCAAUAAAAAUCCAACUUUCCAAUACGUAUCAAAUUUAUUUAUAAAUAAAAGUGAUUAUUAUUAACAACGUCAUUCGUGUCAUAUUGUUUUUUUUUUCUUUUUUUUUUUUCGUUAACACAUCACACUCAAGAGUCAAGUCAUCUAUGACUAAGGGGAAAUUCACAAUGAAAAAUCAUCAAGGUUACUCAGUUAUUUCUACAUAACUUAUUUUUUUGUUAACAACAAAAAAUAAUAAACAAAAUGAAAAACAAAGUCUAGAUAAUGAUUAUUUGAUGGGUGUUUGUGUGUCAAAGUGUAACUUGUUUUGCUUCCAUCAUUGUUUGACAGUUGGUUGUGUACUUGUGUGUUGUGAUGACCAUGAUUCUUAAACUCAAGGAUAUUGUUUAAUCGUGCAUCGCAUUAGUCAUAAAAGUUGCAUCACCUGCAUCAGUGUGUGUUGCUCAAUUUGGCCCUUCAGAUGUCAACAUGGGAAGGAGAUUUAAGUUUUCCUUCGAUGAGACCUGCAAUUUACAAAUUGACAACGCUUUCACCGCCCGGGUACCACUACCAAAGUCACACUAAAACUGAUGGAAAUAAAAUAAUAAUUAAUUAAAUAUAUUAAUUAUUAAAUACAAGGAAACUCUAACCAAAUAAACAAGUCAUAGAUUAUAUAUUAUAAAAACUAUAUUUCUUUUUGUUUUUUUUUUUUUUUCGUUUGUUUUCGUUUUUUUUUUGUUUUUGUUUUUUGGUUUUGACAUUAAAAAUUAAUUAAAAGUGGUGGUGGUUGGAGUUGAUAAUUUUAUACAAAAGGACAAAUAAUAUCUUAAAUAGAGACAAAAAGAGAGAUGAUUAUCCCCGAGUCAUUGGAGUCUACACGAGUUGUUAAUGGGUCCUGGUGUAUAAUUGACCAGUGGGAAUGAGGAAUCCGGGUUUGCGUAUUGUCGGCAUAUCGUCGACUCCUGGUGGAGGUGGUGUAUUUGGUAACCGGGCCGAGGAGGAGUUGCGCCUUUGGCUUGAGACACGCUUGGACGCAUUGGGCAUUGACCCAGUCGCGUACUCGCGUUUUGUACUCAGCCUGUUGCGCCGCCCCGACUCGGCCCUCUCAUCAGGAGCUGAAGAAUUUGAUAAUAAAUAUCGUACACAAGGAAGACGUUAUAAUCGUCAAUUCACCAGGACAAAUAUACACCCACAAGGUGAUAGGGAACAGAAACGUGCUGUCGUACAAUGUCUCACUAAUGCUGCUGAUCAGAAAUUUGGUAUUGAGACACUGGUCGAUGAGCUUUGUGCAAAACUAAGAGAUCUUGAAGGUGGUGAUAUUGAUGACAAUACUACAGUUGAUUGUCAUAAAAUUGAAGCUAAAAAAAAUAAUAAUUUUGAAAGCCUUACACCACGUGAUAGAGCACUUAGAUAUUACGCUGCGUUUCCAGCCCUUCAGCCAUCAACACCAAAAAAAAUCACCCAAAUAAAGGACAACAAAUAUAAUAGCAUCAAUAACUUGAAUAAUAAUAAAUAUAGAAACAACAACGGUUUAAACGGAAAAAAAUUUAAUAAAAACAUCAACGAUAAACAUAAUAAUAAUAGUAAUAAUAAUAUUAAUAAAAUUAAAAAUAAUAAAAUUAAUCAUAAGGAACGUCAGCUGAAAAAAACAAAAAUGUCUAUUCAAUCUAUUGAUACAAGAAAAUUAAAAGAUAAAGAAACAUUUGGCUUUGCAAAAUCAUUAGAACGUGAACGUGAAAAAGAACUUGAUGAUUUACGCUUGGCCCAAUUACAAGCAAAAUUUGAUGAAAGUUUAGAAGCACUAUGGGACAGUGGACCUGGUAAUUCAAAUGACAAGUCAUCAAUAUGGGCAGCACCAUCAUUAUCAAUACCAUCUGGACCACAUUGGCCAAUAUCAACAAAUGAAAUGUCAUUAAUACUACCAAUAACAAAUAUAACAUCAUCAACAAUAAUAAAUGCAACACCAAAAAAUGAAUAUAUUAUUGAUGAUUUAACAAUUAAAAAUUGGAAUAUUGAUUUAAUUGAUAUUGAUAAAUAUAAUGAUGAUGAUGAUAAUAAUACCAAUGACAAUGACAAUGACAAUGCUGAUGUUGAUGAUAAAAAAAUUAAUUAUAAUUUUAAUUGGUCAAAUAAUAUUGAUGAUACAACACCACCAUGGUGUUGGAAAAAUAUUAGUAAUAAUAUUAUUAAUAUUAAAAAUAGUCCAAAUAAAAAUAGUUGUUUUAUUCCAAUACCACCAAGUAAUAAUAAAAGUUCAUUUGAUAUUAUUAAUAAAAAAAUUAAAACAAAUGAUGUUGUUAAAACAGUUGAUAUGACGAUUGAUAAUAAUCAAGCUAUUAAAGAUAAAAAACAAGAUAAAAAAGAUGGUAAUGAUGAUGAAGAGGAAGAAGAUCUUUUAACAUCAACAAAAACACAUUUUCGACCAAUUAAAAAUGAUGGUAAAUGGGCUGAUGGUACGACAUUUCCAGUUAAUAAUAAUUUUGAACGUGUUGCAUAUAGACGAUCAAAUUCAAAUAAUUUAUUUUAUUUACCUGGUGGUGAAAGUCCAUAUAUGGAAUAUAAAGAUAAUAAAAUUUCAUCAGCAACAAAUGGAAAUAGCUUUACACUUAAAUUUCGUGUACGUCAAUGCGAUAAAUCAAUUCAAACAGAUCCAAUUCGUUCGUCAAGUAAAUUAAGAAUUUUAACAAAUGACAAUAAUCAUCAUUUUUAUUAUCCAUCAAUAAAGAAUAUUUUAAAAAAUCAUGUGGGUAAUGAUGAUGAUGAUGAUGAUGAUGAAGACGAUUAUAAUGAUGAAGAUGAUGAUGAUGUUGAAGAAGAUGAAGAAGAUGCUGCUGCUGUUAAAAAGAAGACGUCUUUUUUGAUUGAACCUUUUAGACAAACGCAGCCGAGCUUUUCAAUAGUCAGUGACAGAAAAAGAAGGCACAGUAGCAGUUUUAAAGGUCGCCCAUUCGUUGCAUUACGCCCAUCAACUCGAUAAAAUGGUUUGACAAAAGCUUUACAAUUCUGAGCCUAUCUUACUGGCAAAACCGGCCAUAUUAUUAUAAUUAUAUAGCUGUUAUUAUUUCGUGGGAUUAAAAGAUUAUAAAUUAAUUAAUUACACCAGUAGAAAAAAAAUAAUUUGUGCUAAAAUGCAUAUGACUAGGUAAAAGAAAAAAAAGUUAUAUACGAAAAACGAAAAAAAAAAAAUAUAUAUAUAUAAAAUAAAAAAAAAUAAAAAAAAGUGCAAUGUGUAUGAAAAGAAGGGGGUCCUCUUGGAAUGCGGAAUUUGUUAUGCAUUAAAACCAAGGAGGCACAGCUAGCCCCCUUAAUCAACAUAAAUUUUUAUUUAAAAAACAGUCAAAUUUUAAAGAAAAAAAUUUUAAAAAAAAUAAAACCAAGCGAUAUAUUUAAUUGCUAGAAAAAAAAAACAUAAGAUUAACAGAUUAUAUUAUUUAAUUAUUACAAAUUGUUUGAAAAAAAAAAAAAAGUAAUAAUAAUCUUAAAUUAAAUAAUUAAUAAUUAAAAAAAAAAUAAAUAAAUACCUUGUGCCUCGUUUUUAUGGUGAGGUCAAUUGGUACAAAUGGUUUUUUUUUUUUUCUUUUUUUUAUUUUCUCAGUUGACUAUUUAUAAUUUGUUUAUGGUAUUAAUGUUUUUUUUUUUUUUUUUUUUCGUUCAAAAAAAGCGAUGAAAAUCAAGUUGAAAAAAAAAAAAAAAAAAAAAAACGAACAAUGCAAUUCGUUAUUAAUGCUUGCGUGCGAGCUGUUGGAUUUUCAUUUUUUUUUUUUUUAAAUUAAUUUAUAAUUUUUUUUUUUUAAUUAUAUUUUCUUCUUCUCUUUAUGCCCGAUUUAAUUUUGAUUUUAUAAUUGACGACAAGCUGCGAAUAAACAGACAGAGAGAGAAUAAAUAUUUAGAGAAAAAAAGGAAGAGAAGAAGAAAAAAUAAAAGAGUUUUAUCAAAGUUUUUCAUGAUGUUCUCGUUGAAAUUGAACGAAGAAAAUAUUUGAAAAUAUCUAUAUGAAAAACGGUUUUAUUUGGAGAUAUAUUAUAUAUCUAUAAACGGGGCAAAAAACUUAUUUCGAUAAGGUCGAUUAAUCGCGUGUAAAAAAAAACUGAAAAAACAAAAAAAAAAAAAAUAAUAAUAAUUAUAAUUAAGAAAACAAUCGGAGUUAUUUUCCAUGUUUUCUAUUAUUAAUUUAUGUUAAUUAUAUUUGUCUCCCUAUUAAUUUAACUCCCUUAAAAAAAAAAUAAUAACCUGAUCAUUUUUACCCUUUCACAAUUUCCCAAAAUCAAAAGAAAAAAAAGAAAAAUAAAUUCUUGAAUAUAUGUUGAAAACGACGACGACGAAAAAAAAAAAAUAUAAUUUUAUCCAUUGACCCUUGAUUCCGUUGAUCCCUUAAUCCCAAAAUAAAAGUCAAAUGAAAAAAAAAAAAAAAAA